CAACUGCAUAAAAACGGAGACAGUUGCCAAAUAAAAGGAGAGUACGCAUAUUUUAAGACUUUAACUUGUCUGCCUUUAUUGUGUCCUGUUUUUAAAUUUAGAUUUUAGUGAAAUGCCUCCCAAAAGGCCACCAGCAUACUCCACUGAGCCGUCUGAUUCAUCCACAAGCGAGGCGUCGGUGGAUGAGAAGCCGGAAAAGAAAUCAGAUGCUGCGCCUCAUCCAUCCACGGCGAUCAUGGUGAAAGAAGCACUUCAAGCGUUGGACUCGCGCAAAGGGGUUUCAUCCCAGGCGAUACUGAAGUAUAUCACAGAAAAAUAUCCGUCGGUGGAUUUGGCGAGACUGAAGACUUUAGUUCGCAAAAACCUGAAGAAGGGAGUGGAAAAUGGGACGCUGGUGAAGCCUGGAAACUCCAGCGCGACAAUGGCCACGAGGAGAUUUAGGCUUGCACCGAAGCCUAAACCAAAAGCCGAAAACGCAGAGCCCAGUGUGAAGAAGUCUCCAAAAGCAGCCAAGGAUGGAGCCAAGAAGCCCAGGAAAGCGGGUGCCACAAAGAAGAAAGACGCUGCAAAUGGACAAACAAAGUCCAAAGAGGACUCAAAGCCUCCCAAAAAGUUGAAGGAUGAAGAGGCUUCUACAUCAAAGGUUGCUCCAGCGAAGAAGCCAAAGGCUAAAAAAGCUAAACCGACUGGGGAUGGUGAGGAAACUGCUGACUCGACCAAGACUAAAGCAAAGAAAACAAAGGAGUCAAAGCCUGGAAAGGCCAAGGUUGCCAAAGCGGACAGUAAAGUGGCUUCUAAAUCAAGCGGAAAAUGAGGGACAAAGUCUGAAGAUUGAACUUGUAAUUCUAGACUGUUUUUAUAUCGUUUAUCAAAUAAAUCUAAGUUUUUAGCUCGAGUGCAUUUCAGUAUAUUCUAAUUACCUUUAAUACUAGACUAUACAAUAACUAACCCCAAGCAUUGCAAAUGUAUUGAAUCUGGCACCUAAUUUACUUCAGACCUUCUGCAUUUGUGCUACUGAAGGUCUAACAUGCCCUACAAUGAAAGAAACCUGACCGAUUUUUGCAAUUGAGUUUAUGACAGCAAGUCUAUAAUGCUGUGUAACCUGGUUUCAAAAUAAAAAGUUGUUCAUCUGCAAACA